AAGUUUGGUUCGGUACGUUGGCGAGCAAUUCCCAGCACAUUACUGCAGUCUCCGUGAUCUCAGACUCCAAAACGCUGCAGAAAAGCGGCGUGCACAAGCACCAAGCGUGAAAUUCGUAAGGAGAAGGUUUACUUUCGUCGUGACAGAGGGGCAGUAGGAGCAAUGCGUCCGCAAGCGUGGGCGUGGGCGUGGGCGCUGGGCGCGCUGCUGGCAGCGCAGGGGCUGUUGGCGCCCGGGGCCGGUGCGUUCCGCGUGUGCGUGUGCCGGCGCGUCUACCGCCCCGUGUGCGCCUCCAGCGGUCGCACCUACGGCAACGCCUGUGUCCUCGACUGCGCGCGCGCCCUCGGCGAGGAGCGGAGCGAUGCGUUCGUGCGGCACCGGGGGCGCUGUACAGCUGAAGAUUUAGUGCCUGUUCCCAUACCCCUCUACUGAGCAACGAAGAGCACGUGACCAGAGCACGAGGUGCGACCACCCUGAAGUAUUUUGUGUCUCAUUAACAAACUCUAG